AUGUCAUCCGAUCACUCCAACGACGAGGCGCCUCCUGCUGAAAACGUCCCGGCCCGCCGCCAACCUCAGCGACCUGCGCGGCUGCAAACCAUCUCUGAAGAGGAAGACCACGAGGAACAGUCACCAGAACAGUUCCUCCCCGAGCUCCAAGAAAUGGAGGAGCAACGACGACAGAGAGAGGGCCGGGUCCCAGAGCCCAAAGAAACCAAGGGGCAGGCGAGCAUAGCGCAGGAACCCAAGUACCUGCUCUACAUUCGCUUGCCCUUCAAGCGCGGCGACUUCGUCGAUCCGCCGCUGAUGGACUGGAACGAAGAGAAGUCAAACGCGCUUUGGAGUAUCAUCUCCGAUAACUCACGCUCAGGUGGAAAUAUCAACUGGAACGAGCUAGCUUCACAAUUCGAGGUGACCGUCGAUUUCCUUAUUCAGAUGGCAAACUACCUCACAGAUCGCCAUGCAAGCCAAAUCCGCGCUCAGAUGCUCAAGGCAGCCACAGGUAGGGGUUCUGCUGCUCCUUCACCCAUCCCCGGCGCCGAGCCUUCUUUCCACACCACCCAUUAUCCUCAGAUAUCGGAGCCCCUGAGACGCACUGGUUCGGCCAGUGGCAGAGCUCCUUCUUCUCUCUCUAUGCGCAAUGAUCGCAAAGAUACUCCGUCUGCUCCUCUCCCAAGACAGGACGCAGAGUAUGCCACCACCGUCGGAGCCGGCCCUUCUGCAGCCAAGCCCACCACCAUCCCUCUCCGCCCUGCCGUCUCGCGCAACUCAUCCGCCGGCACUACUAUCCCAACCCAGACCCAGCUCGGCAUCAGACCAGCCCCUUCUGUCACCUCCACCCGAUCUACAGGUCGUUACAUGUCUUCUUUCUCGUAUCAACAGCGCGAAGGAACAGAUCAAGAUGACACCUCCACCUUCGGCGCCGCCCAGCCUUCUGUCUCCGCCAGCCCAGCUGCCUCAGAAAGCGAAGAGGAAUCGGACUCUGACGACUCCCCCGUCCAGAGCCGUAUCAUUCGACGUCCGCCCCGAUUCUCCGUUUACGGCGACCACCGCGCUGGAUUUGACGGCCUUGCCGAAGAAGACGAGGAUGAGCCCGAGCCUGCGUUCUUACCGCCCCCACAUCAACAACAGAUGGAUUUGGGCGCUACACUGAGAGGUGCCCCUGUUGGUGUCACCGGCGGUGGCGAGUUCAGCCAAACAUCCGAUUCAUCAGCUAGUUCAGCGGCUAUCGUUCACCGUCCUGGAACUGCCCUGGCAGCCGGUGGGGGUAGAUACCCUGUUGCCGGUCAAGAUCACAUUCAUGGGACACUAUCCCCGAGAAGCAGAACGGCCGAGCUGAGAGAGAAAGGAAAGGGGGUUUCCCGUGAGGGCAGCGACGGCACGGGCACUCCCAGCAUGGGGAGCAGUUUUAGUGAUCUUGAUGACGCUUCAGUCACCCAGUCAGCCCUGGAAGAAGCCCUCGCGAGCCGAAUGCAAGACGGCACCAUCGGGAGCAGGAUGAGCGUCAUCGGGCAUGCGAUCAAGAGUCGGUAUUUGCCCAAAAGCCCAAAGUCACCCGAGGGGAAGCGUUGA